AAAAGACCACAAUAAAGGGAAGACAACGUCGGACCUGGAAACGGCAGUUUAAGUUAUGAGAAAGCGGGCAAACGUGGUGUCAUCCAAAGUUGAACUUUUCAUGGGUUAGCAAUUCCACGGCCCAUCCCUGAACUUGUCUUAUUAGCAAAUUCGAAGAGGAAGAUUGAUUGAUAGAAUACGAAGAAUCGAUUUCAAGAACUUUUGAUAAGUACACACAUACACACAUGGUGGCGGACAAACAACUGAUCGUCGCCGUUGAAGGCACUGCUGCUUUGGGCCCUUUCUGGCAUACCAUCGUUUCCGAUUACCUUGAUAAAAUUAUCCGGUCCUUUUUUGGAGCUGAGUCGACUUCACAGAAGCCAUCUGCCGCCAAUGUGGAGGUCUCCUUGGUCAUGUUUAAUGCACAUGGUUCUUACAGUGCUUGCCUGGUUCAGCGCAGUGGCUGGACAAGAGACAUGGAUAUCUUUUUCCAGUGGCUUUCGGCUAUACCUUUUUCAGGAGGUGGUUUCAGUGAUGCUGCAGUUGCAGAAGGACUUGGUGAAGCAUUGAUGAUGUUUUCUUCUCCAAAUGGAAACCAAAGUCAACAAAACAUGGAAGGGAAAAAACAUUGCCUACUUAUUUCUGCAAGCAAUCCUUAUCCGUUGCCUACACCAGUUUAUCGACCACAGAUGCAGAAACUGGAGCAGAACGAAAAUACUGAAACACAAACAGAUAGUCGACUAUCUGAUGCUGAGACAGUUGCGAAGGCACUCCCUCAGUGCUCUGUUUCCCUGUCAGUUAUAUGCCCAAAACAGCUUUCAAAACUAAGAGCAGUAUAUAAUGCGGGAAAACGCAAUCCACGAGCAGCUGACCCGCCAAUUGAUACAGCUAAGAAUCCAAACUUUCUUGUUUUGAUUUCUGAAAAUUUCAUCGAGGCUCGUGCUGCUUUUAGUCGCUCUGGAAUGACCAAUUUGACGUCAAACCAAACCCCUAUCAAAAUGGAUGUGCCUUCUAUUCCGCCAGUUUCCGUGCCACCAUCAAUUUCUAAUUCAGCAGCAAAUGGAUCUGUUAUGAGCCGACAACCAAUUUCUGCUGGAAAUAUUCCUCCUGCAACUGUAAAAAUUGAGCCCACCACCGUGACCUCCAUGAAUGGGCCUGCAUUUUCACAUAUUCCAUCUGUUCGUCCUGCUCUUCAACCUGUUCCAAGCUUGCAAACUUCUUCUCCUCUUUCUGUUUCUCAGGAGAUGGCAUCACAUAAUGAGAAUGUUCAGGAGAUGAAACCCAUAGUCAGUGGCAUGACACAGUCCUUACGUCCAGUUGCUGCAGCCGCAGCAAAUGUCAGAAUCCUGAACGAUGUUGCUCAAGCACGCCAAGCAAUAGCUGGGGCAACUUCUAUAGGCCUGCAAUCUAUGGGUGGCACCCCUAUGCUUUCAAGUAUGAUAUCUAGUGGAAUGGCAUCUUCCGUCCCUUCUGCCCAAACUGUAUUUUCAUCUGGGCAAUCAGGUGUCACAACAGUAAGUGGGUCAGUUCCAUUAUCAGGCAGUGGGCAGAAUACGCAAAAUUCAGCUCCUGCUUCAUUCACUUCGACUGCUCCCAGUAUGUCUGGGAAUCCAAACAUUAGCAUUUCACAGCCUUUGAGUAAUAACCAAGGAGGCAUUAGUAUGGAUGGUCAAACAGUUCCUGGAAUGUGCCAAGGUAAUCUACCAGGCACACAAAUGAUGCCAAGUGGGACAGGAAUGAACCAGAAUAUGCUGACUGGGUUGGGUGCAACUGGUAUGCCUUCCGGAACCGGCACAAUGAUGCCUACUCCAGGGAUCUCUCAACAAGGACAGCCAGGCAUGCAACCUGUUGGUAAUAGCACAGGAGCUAACAUGCCUCUAUCUCAGCAGCAAACACCUGCUGCAUUGCCUUCAGCUCAAUCAAAAUAUGUAAAAGUUUGGGAGGGGAACUUAUCUGGUCAGAGACAGGGCCAACCUGUAUUUAUUACCAGAUUAGAGGGGUAUAGGAGUGCCUCAGCUUCUGAAUCGCUUGCUGCAAAUUGGCCCCCAACAAUGCAAAUUGUUCGCCUCAUUUCCCAGGAUCAUAUGAAUAACAAACAAUAUGUUGGGAAGGCAGAUUUUCUCGUUUUUCGGGCAAUGAACCAGCAUGGAUUUCUUAGUCAACUGCAAGAAAAGAAGCUUUGUGCAGUAAUACAACUACCUUCACAGACGCUGCUUCUCUCUGUGUCUGAUAAAGCCUGCCGCUUGAUUGGAAUGCUUUUUCCUGGGGAUAUGGUAGUGUUUAAGCCACAGAUACCAAGUCAGCAGCAACAACAGCAGCAGCUGCAAGCACAACAUCCGCAGCUACAGCAGCAACAGCUCUCCCAGCAACAGCAGCAUCUUUCACAGCUACAACAGCAGCCCCUUCAACAGCUGCAGCAACAGCAACCUCUCAUGCAAUUGCAGCAACAGCAGCAGAUUCCAUUGCAACAACAAUCACAGAUUCCCCAAAUGCAGCAGCAACAGAUUCACCAAAUGCA